UUUCAGCAUCUAUACUAUGAAAGCUGGCGAAGUAAAUGUUGCUGUUAGCGAGGAAUCUCUCUCCCUUCCUUCAACAUCAUCACUCAUUGAGAGGCUAAUUGGGAACUUUCUCUACUCUCGAGGUCAAAUUGAAAAGCCCAUAGAUCAAUUAAGACAAGAUAGCAUCCCUGAAGUACAAACCAAGCUACAAUAUGCCAACAGAUCUACUCCGUAUCAGAGUAGAGGCAAUCAUUUGUUUGCAACUCCCUGUGUUCAGCUUGAGUCUGAAACUUUACCAUCCAAUGAGUCAGACUUACCUAUUCUUGCAGACUUGGUCAGUGAAUUGAGCCUUCAAGAAAAUAUUUGUUUUAAAAGGAAUGAAACUCUCAAGAACACUGAAUCUGUCCCAGACACACCUCUCACUACAAGAACAAAUGGUUACCCAGCACAACAGAGGAGGGUGCUUGGUAAACUGCAAGAGGUUUCAGUGCCACUUACACCUCAGCUGACUUUAAAAGAAAACAAGUCCCGUUCUACAAAUAAUUUUCUGAUCGAGAUUGUAGACCAAGUCCACACUCACAUUCUGAAUGGUUGGCAUGUUCAACAAGUUAUCAUCCUGAUAGGAAGUACAAUAAUGUCCCCUCGAGAGACCUACGUUAUAGAUAUCUCAUCUCUGAGAAGUGAGAUUGAAGGGUCUGAUGAUGAUAAAGGCCGCUGUCUGAGGAAAGUUAUGCAAUGUCUGUUUAUAGAGCCCUUCCUCAGCGACUUACCUGCUCCCCUUGCUCCAACUAACUGCCAUGUUGUUCUCAAGGUGGAUAAAGCGACUGUUGCUGAGAACCCAUCCUCCUUUUUUGUUCCUAGAUUGCGAUUUUAUCUUUGUAAAAGAGGUUCAAGGUUCACUUUAAAAAUCACGAACAAAGAAAUAGCUGAGGAGAGUUUAGAAACUGUGUAUAUGUCUUCACCCAGACCUUUUAAAUCAGUUUUCGGUUCCUCACCUGAAGGAAAAAGGAAAGCUGCUGGCCCAGCAAGCCGAUCUCGGGACAUUCUUGAUACCAUUACCUCAUGAAAUUAUCUGCUGAAGCGAGGGGGGCAAAUGGGUUGGUUAGAACUGUCUGAACCCCCAUUACACUGUCCAUUACACUGCCCAUUACACUGUCCAUUACACUGCCCAUUACACUGUCCAUUACACUGCCCAUUACACUGUCCAUUACACUGCCAUUACACUGUCCAUUACACUGCCAUUACACUGUCCAUUACACUGUCCAUUACACUGUCCAUUACACUGUCCAUUACACUGUCCAUUACACUGUCCAUUACACUGUCCAUUACACUGUCCAUUACACUGCCCAUUACACUGUCCAUUACACUGCCAUUACACUGUCCAUUACACUGUCCAUUACACUGUCCAUAACACUGCCCAUUACACUGCCCAUUACACUGUCCAUUACACUGUCCAUUACACUGUCCAUUACACUGUCCAUUACACUGUCCAUUACACUGUCCAUUACACUGUCCAUUACACUGUCCAUUACACUGUCCGGGCCAUUUAAAAAUUACUGUUGGAAUUGGGGGAAACAUUCGAUAAUUUAUGGUCUUUCUUACCAAAUUAUAUUGGAUCAUAUUAAGAUAGUCAAAUUGUAGUGAUUUGUCGUUUCUAAUAGAAAGUUUUGAACCAAGAAGCACAAUAAUAAUAGGGAUAAUAAAACCUUAACUCUGAUUUAUCAGGGGUUUUAUUUCCCCAAACUAAGCUUAUUUUAAAAUUCAUGAUACAGAUAGCGACAGUCAAUAGUUAUACCAAAAGUUAAAUUUACUGUAGCUUAUUUAUAAAUUAUUUCACUUCAUAAAUCGGUCUAAAUUACGCAACCACGCAAUUAUCAACAUGUUUCUGAGCUAAUAAUUAUUUAUUCGUUUGAAAUCAGUGAUAGUACGACAUAUCCUAUUUUCCUUUUAUAAGUUGUGAGAUUUUAAAUUUCUGUUGGAAUUGGGGGAAAUAUUUACUUCAAUGAUUUAUGAAUAUGAUCUUUCUUACCGAAUUAUAUUGGAUCAUAACUAUAUAAGAUUGUCAAAUUGUAGUGUUUAUCUGAAAAUUUCGGUGAUUUGUCGUUUCUAAUAGAAAGUUUGAACCGAGAAGCACAAUAAUAAUGAUUUAACUUAUCUCUGAUUUAUCAGCGGUUUUUCCCCAAACUAAGCUUAUUUAAAAAUUCUUAUAGAUAGCUAUAAUAGUCAAUAGUUAUAUCGAAAGUUAAAUUUAGCUUAUUUAUAAAUUAUUUCACUUCAUAAAUCGGUCGAAAUUAAAUAACCAAAUUUAAAAAAGGAAUGCAAUUAUCAACAUGUUUCUGAGCUAAUAAUUAUUCAUUCGUUUGUUCAACUUAGAAAUCGGUGAUAGUACCACAUAUCCUAUUUUCCUUUUAUACUGUAAGUUUUUAAAUUUCUUAAUAUUCUAUUUUAACAUUUUAAACUGUAUGUGUUGAAGUUGAAGUAAACUAUUAAUUUUCUGGUACAGUUUUCAUAUUUGGUAACUUUCUUAAGUUUGAUAACAUAUUUAAUAAAUUUCUGACUAUUCAACAGUAACUAUCC